AGCAGUUUGAAAGAGAAGUUGUUUCCGAGCAGUGAACAGUUUUGAAACGAUUAUACGUUGGUGCGAAGUGUUAGUUUUUGUAUAUUUGCAGAGAAGUGUAUAGUGUACAAUAAUUUCAUUGAAGACUGUUGAAGUUGUGAAGUUGAAAUACGAAUAUGUCGCUCUACCGAAGAAGAAAUGGUGUUAUGCCAAGCAAUGAACGUAUUACGAAUAUAUCAUUCAGUGUAUUCACACAUGAUGAACUCAAACAAGUGGCCGUAAAAAAAAUUGUUACACCAUUGACAUUCGAUCCUUUAGGUCACCCUAUUCCUGGGGGAUUAUACGAUAAGGCUUUAGGUCCUAUGAACGAUAAAAGCGAUCCCUGUGGAACUUGUCAGAAAUCUUUCACUGAAUGUCCUGGCCACAUGGGCUAUAUUGAGCUGCCCUUGCCUGUAAUAAAUCCAAUUUUCCACCAACUUAUUGGCACAAUUUUAAGAAUGAGCUGUCUACGAUGUUUCACCAUUCAAAUUCCAGGACUAAUCAAGUCUACAAUGUCGAUACAGAUGAGAUUGCUGGAUUGUGGAAUGAAUGCUGAAGCUUUAGAACUUGAGAAUAUCAUGUUUAGUCUUGCACAGAAGUUGGAAUCUAAAGAAAGUAUACCAGAACAAGCAACACAAAAUAUCGAUCGUUUUGAUAAAUUAUGCAGAGACAAAGAAGGGAAUCCAGGUUUUGUUGUUAAUAAUACGAAAAAUACUGAACAACUAAGGCGACAAUUCUUGGCAAACAUAACAAAGUUUAUAAAUAAGGGAAAGAAUUGUAUAUUCUGUGAUCAGGCAUGUGAUCGCAUCAAAUAUCAGAAAAACAGAUUAGUUUUGAAUUAUAAAAGUAGCAAAACUAAGGAAGACGACUUUGUGGUAGAAAACCUGAUGAAAUAUGUAACUCCCAACGAAUCCAGAGGUUAUCUGAGGCAGAUUUGUAAAAACGAAUUAGAUUUCCUCGUUCUCUUAGCGCCUGUUUUAAACACUGGCAAGGAUAUGGAAUAUCCAACGGAUAUUUUUUAUUUUGAAAUUCUUCCUGUACCUCCUCCCAUGUCUAGACCUGCCAAUUAUGUUAAAGGAAAAAUGAGUGAGCAUCCAAAAACGAACGCCUAUAGAGCUGUCCUACAAAAUAGCAUAAUCUUGAACACGAUUAUUUACGUUAUGAAGCAGGAGGGUGAGGAUUUGGGCGAAUUAUCCGUGGAAGCAAAGGAUGUGUAUCUCUCAACUAAAGGUAAAACGGCAUUGGAAAAACUGAGCGAUACUUGGGAAAAACUUCAAUCUAACAUCGAUGGAAUUUUGGAUAAGGAUACGAGUAGACAGAAUGAAUUUCUAGGUUUGAAACAGAUUAUCGAAAAGAAAGAAGGUCUACUAAGAAUGCAUAUAAUGGGGAAAAGGGUAAACUUUUCCGCUAGGUCCGUUAUCACCCCAGAUCCUAACCUGAAGAUCGACGAAAUAGGCAUUCCGGACACCUUUGCGAAACAACUCACCUAUCCCACUUACGUCAAUUCUCACAAUAUCGAGGAAUUGAGAAAGAUGGUCAUGAACGGUCCGGACGUCCAUCCAGGAGCCACAAUGGUCGAGUUCCAGAGCGGCAAGAUGAUCAGACUGGAUCCGAAGAACCCCGUUCAAAGGGAGAGUAUCGCCAAACGGUUACUGACUCCGGACGAGGUGAAGAAUCACGAUUACAGCGAGCAGAAGUUGGUGCAUAGGCAUCUGUGCAACGGCGAUAUUCUCCUGUUGAACAGACAACCGUCCCUCCAUAAACCCAGCGUUAUGGCUCACAAAGCCAGGAUUCUCAGGGGGGAGAAGACGUUUCGUCUACAUUACGCCAACUGUAAAGCUUACAAUGCGGAUUUUGACGGUGACGAGAUGAACGCCCAUUUUCCCCAGACUGAAAGGGCUAGAAGUGAAGCUUAUACGUUAUUGAAUGUUAGCAAUCAGUACCUCGUACCCAAGGAUGGUACCCCUUUGAGUGGACUGAUUCAAGAUCAUGUGAUAUCCGGGGUGAAACUUUCGAUGCGUGGGCAGUUUUUCAACAAGAUGGAUUAUCAGCACCUCGUUUUCCAAGGGCUCUAUCAGAAGACCCGUUCGAUAAAGCUCCUUCCUCCCACCAUAAUAAAACCGGUGGAAAUGUGGUCCGGCAAGCAGGUUCUAUCGACCAUCAUAAUAAACGUCAUCCCUGAUGGGAAGGAACUGAUAAACUUGACGUCUACAUCGAAAAUUAAAUCUAAGGAUUGGCUGAACACCCCCUCGCGUCCUUGGAAAGCUGGUGGAACGCCCUUCGACGACGACCUCGAGAUGUCCGAGUCUAAGGUUAUAAUCAGGAAGGGGGAACUUCUUUCGGGAGUCCUGGACAAGGCCCACUAUGGUGCCACACCGUUCGGUUUGAUCCACUGCAUGUACGAGUUGUACGGGGGCGCUUGCGCGACUGAAAUGUUGAGCUCCUUGACGAGGCUGUUCACCAUGUACCUGCAGACCAAGGGCUUCACGCUGGGUGUGCAGGACAUCAUGACCCUGCGCGAGGCCGACAAGAAACGCAGGAAGAUCAUCAAGAGCCAGAGGAAGGUGGGUCCGGAGGUGAUGAAGAAGGCCCUCAACGUUCAGAACGACGUCUCCGUCGACGAGAUCGUCGAGAUACUCGACAAGAAGCUCGUGCAGAAUCCCAAUUACACGGCCCUGAUCGACAGGGAGUACAAGUCGAACCUGAACAAUUUCACGAAUCAAAUGAACAGCGUCAGCAUGUCCGGUCUGCUGAGCAAGUUCCCGGACAACAACCUGCAACUGAUGGUGAUCUCGGGAGCCAAGGGGACCACCGUCAACACCAUGCAGAUGUCCUGCUGUCUGGGCCAGAUCGAGCUGGAGGGAAAGCGCCCGCCCACGAUGAUAUCGGGAAAGACGCUGCCCAGUUUUCCCGCCUUCGAAUUUUCCCCCAGAGCCGGCGGUUUUAUAGCGGGCAGGUUCAUGACGGGCAUCGAUCCGCAGGAUUUCUUCUUCCAUUGCAUGGCCGGCAGAGAGGGGUUGAUCGACACCGCCUGCAAGACCAGCAAGAGCGGUUAUCUGCAGAGAUGUCUGGUGAAGAGUCUGGAGGGGGUGCACGUCAAGUCGGAUCUGACGGUUAGGGAUAGUGACAACACCGUGAUACAGUUUCUCUACGGACAAGAUGGGAUGGACGUUUGCAAGGCGCAGUUCCUGUCAGAAAAACAACUGCCUUUCCUACAUGAAAAUAUGGGCGCCAUUCUGGACAAAAAAGUCAUCAAAGCCGAAGCUAAAUCCAAGAGGAGCCUGGAAGUGAAAGACUACUCCAAAAAGCUGAAGGAGUGGAUGAAAGAGAACGGAAGCACCCUGUCCAAGAGAAAAUACAGGCCGUUCACGUUGUUCAGCCAAUUUUUCAACGAGACCUCCAACAGGAAGGUGACCAAGGAGCAGCUGGUGCAGCUGUGGCAAGAGGCGGGCGAAGAGGUCAGGCAGAGCUUCGUCGACAAGUGUCAACCGUGUCCGGACACCCUGAACUCACGCUUCCUGCCCCACAGUCAUUUCGGAUCGAUCAACGAGAGGCUGGAGGCUCUGAUCGAGGGUUACGACGGUUGCAAGGGGAAGAAGGACAAGAGGAACUUCGAGAACAUGAUGAAGCAGAAGGCGAUGACUUCGCUGUGCGACAGCGAGGAAGCUGUUGGUCUGUUGGCCGCUCAGUCCAUAGGGGAGCCGUCGACGCAGAUGACCCUGAACACGUUCCAUUUCGCCGGCAGGGGUGAGAUGAACGUCACCCUGGGUAUACCGCGUCUCAGGGAGAUCCUGAUGAUGGCCAGCAAGAACAUCAAGACGCCGUCGAUGGUGAUACCGUUCCUACCGAUCGAGGAUCUGGAACGCGAAUCGGAGGCCCUGAGGAAGAAGUUCAACAGGGUGACCGUCGCCGACGUGCUUAAGGACAUCGAGGUGGAGAUAACCUCCAGCUCGAGGACCAAUUCGCACAGAUACACCCUGAAGUUCGUGUUCCUCCCCCACCGUCAGUACUCGAAGGACUACUGCGUGAAUCCGAAGUACAUCAUCAAACACAUGCGCAGGAAGUUCUUCAAGCUGAUGUUCCAGACCAUCGGGAAACAGAACAGAUUCGCUGACCUGAACGUCAUCGAAGAGUCCAGAUCGACGGACAGGAAGGCGAGAAUGGCGGACGACGAUGACGACGACGACGCGGAGCCCGCGUCGCAGGAUAUGCCCGAUCCCGAGGUGGACAGUUCGGACGAGGAACCGGAAGACGAGGGCGACGCCAAGUCUAGAAACAAGUACGCGCAGGUUCACGACGAUCAGGAGACCGAGGACGAGGAAAUGGAAGAGGCCAGUAUCGUUGAUGAAGAGGAGGAAGAACAGAAUAGUACCAAGACGAAGAUCGACGAUAACGAUCAAGAAUUCAUGGAUAAGUACAAAAUGGUCGAAGGAUUAACAUACGACCACGAAAAAUACCUCUGGUGUCAAAUGACCUUUUCGCUACCUUUCAACAACACAAACUUUGAUCUGACGUCGGUACUGAAGGAGGUCGCCGGAAAAUCUGUGAUAUGGGAAGUCCCCAACAUAAAAAAAUCGAUAACUUGCAUGAAAGACGGCGUUAUGACUCUGAGAACCGAUGGUAUAAAUAUACCGGAAAUGUCCAAAUACGACCACAUCCUGGACUUGAAGAAAUUGUAUUGUAACGAUAUACACAAGAUGAUCGAACACUGCGGAUUGGGAGCUGGCAUGGAUGCCAUCGUCAAAGAAAUACAGGACGUUUUCGAAGUGUACGGUAUAAGCAUCGAUCCAAGGCACCUCAUGCUCAUUUCCGAGUUUAUGACCGCGAAGGGGAUGUUCGAGCCGAUGAAUCGGUCAGGGAUGCAGAGUAGCUCCUCUCCCUUCCAACAGAUGUCUUUCGAGUCCUCCUUGAAGUUUCUGCGAGAUGCCAUAAUCGGAGGGAAGAACGACUCCAUGAAAAAUCCAUCCAGCUCGUUGAUGGCCGGAGGGCUUUGUGAUGUUGGAACUGGUGGAUUCGACGUUGUUCAAAGGUGCAUUUAGUUAUUUAUUUAUACAUUAUGUUAAUGAGGGACUGCAAUAAAUGAUCCUGUUUCCGAUUUUUAAAUGUCGAGAUUUGAACCAAUGAUGAAUAUGCUAGGAUUUCAUGAAGAUUAAAGCUCCAGGAUGAAUUUUAAACACCAAGUUUGUCGGUGACGCCAUCUAUGGAUCAGUAGGCAAGCUCUCAUUGACUAGUGAAGGAUUCUUUAUUUGAAAUUAACUUCAACAAUAUGUAUAUAUUUUUAAGUUUGAUUAAACCAGUGGUCUUGUUAAUUGUGCAAGAGAAAUAUGAGUGAUUUGGUUGUUUGA